AGCGCUGCACGCCUCUCGUUCGUUCAUCACCCUACUGGCCAAACGCGCCAAGGACUACCCAGCACUCGUUACGGCAGGACGACAUGCACGCGCACCAUGGACUCUCGUGGCAGCCAAGAUAGCGGCCCCGUCCGCAGUCGCAGAUCCACAAAGCAGCCAAUGCAAUUCAUGUUCAUUGAUUCGACCGACCAUGGCGUGAACGCAAAGCCCGACAAGGCCGUGAGGUCGUUUGUCAUGAAGACGGCCCGCCGCCAGAAGCCUUGGAGCACGCGACAGAAAAGCCCCAAGACGGAAGCGGAACUAGAGGAAAACUCACAGCCAAGGUCUCAACAGUCGUCAACACGGACCUAUGACGGGGCUGACGAGCAUGAUCCUGCCAGUCCUGGAUCCUGGCAAGAGUUCGCACCGACACCGAGUGCGCGGUAUGCCCGGUCUCGCGGAUCAGCUGUAAGCAGCAGAAACGGCACUUUCUCUAGGCGCCCCAGCAGCCACCUUCACCUCCUUCCGCCAUCAAGCCGUGUCAGCGUGUGCGACUUCCCACAUUGUACCGGGGAUUCUUGCGGCCAACCCCAUGAAGCCCCCACGGCGCUUGGGCGUCGAUGUGGCUUCGACGUAGGCUUCAGGGCGUCGUUCGACUGUUUGCCCGUGCAGAUGGAUGAGAAAAUGCGAGACUUGCUUGAAAACUUUGUGAACGCGCAUUCUGCACUUCUAAUACCGUUGGACCGGCACCAGGCAUCAAAGCCGUUGACUACCGAAUGGGUGGCAAACUCGAUACUGAGUGCAUCGGGCGCACCCUUCAUUUAUGCGGUUCUCACCUCCAGUGCUCUCUACUCGCAAGCCACUGGCGCUGCUAAUCCCUUGGAUGUACUACACUACAAGACAGAGACCAUACGGGAAAUCCACACGCUUUUCGACAACCCAAGAAGAAGAGUUGACGACAGCAACAUUGCUGCCGUCUUCAUGCUACUGUGCCUGGAAGAGAGUCAGCUUGUCGGGCGAGAAGACCAAGAGGACGCCGAGUGGAGUGAGCUGCAGCGGAGAAAGCACCUCAACGGCCUCAAGAAAAUGAUAGAGCUAAGAGGCGGUCUUGCAGCGCUUGGAAGGAACCGGUGCCUGCAAACCUUUAUUCUCAUGCACAGCAUCGCUCACGCAGUAACGACCUUUGAACGGCCGUACACCACACUUGUCGAUGCAACCGGCCAGACGCAGCAAUACGACAUUCCCUCCUUCCGGAGCCGGCCCUCGUCAGGUCGCACACUCCGUUUGUUUCAAGCGCUCAAGCUUGAACCAGCCCUCUUCGACAUCGUUUCUAACGCGGUAGUCUUUAUCGGGGACCUAACAUGUUGGUUCGAAGAGGGGAAAUCCCCCGUGAGCCCACUUGAGCUGCAGAAGCAUGUAUGCCUGCUUAUGUACCGACUAUUCGACUGGUACAAGCAGGGCGAAGAGGAUCGGGGCAUCCAGAGAAACCCGGUGGAUCAGAGUAUUUGCCUAGCAUUGCUGAUCUUCCUCGUGAGGGCAUAUGAGGACUCCUACCUGGGAAUGGUUCACACCGCUGGCAGCAAACUAGAAGUUUGUCUUGGGAGAUGCGUACUGCGAUGGGGCAAAGCACCCGACCUCCUCAUGUGGACACUUACCAUGGGGGCUUUGGCGACGCAAGGAACCACUGAGUUCGCCUUCUUCAAGCGGUAUUGUGGCGUCGCUUUUGCGGACCAGGGCUUCAACGAGUUUACGAAUGCGGAAGAAUUACUGGACCGGAUGAGGAAGUGCCUAUGGCUCCCCAAACUAGACGAAGAGGUAAAGAGGCUUUGGGCACACAUUGGCUUCUGCAAGGGGGAGGAGGUCAUGGAGACGAUUGAAACGGGGCCGACAUCACCGAAGGGCAUCAAGGAUAACGAGGUUGUCGGAUCCUUGACCAGCAAUCGGUUCUUUGGAAGGAGGAGCGACAGUCAGUGAGUGGGUUAGAAAAAAGGAGUGUAUUGGACUAUCUCGGUAUUUCAUUCAUGGGAAAAGGGACUCCGGAACUGGGUACAGGUCUCAAAAGGUUUUUGGGUCUUAGUCUGGGUCUCCAUGGAACGGGACAAGGUGUACCGGACGGACUGGAAAUGCUUCGGCAUCACUUAAUCUUGUAUUUGUAGUCGAUAGUGGUAGAUAUUUCGAGCUUGGAUACCCUGAAUGACAGCGCUACCAAGGAGUGGUCCGUCAAGUCCUCUUACAAUCGAA